AUGGCCGACUGUGACUGGACUUCGGAGGAGAGCAACGACUCUGAUGCACUCUCACCUCUGCCGCCAUUAGUGAUAUGGACAAGCAGAAGGUCAACCGCGUGUUCUCCACCGCCAACUGCACCAUCUUAUAGUACUCGUUAUCCAGCCCAUCACCACGCAUAUUCCAAUAGUGGUAAUGAAGUAGCCAUAUCAGAAGUCUCCUCUUCCCGUCAAUUUCUUCAAAGCACCUCAUUCAACCCGUGGAAAGCACGAGCAUCUUGCUCCGGGGUUCUUCAAGAUCAUGGUCUCACGGAAAUUGUGGAAGAUAACUUCAGGGACACUCGAUCAGAAAUACAGAGAAACAAGGAUAUAAAGACCAGUGAUGCUUCAACCACAACUAUGGGAAACUCAUGUUUGGAUUCCUUGACAUCGGCAAUGGACAAGGAUCAAAUUUUGCAAGGUAAAAGUCCACCAAGUGUUAACUGCUAUCCCGAACCCAUUUCAGAUCAGUACACCGACUUCGAGGAAGUAGCGUUUCACACUGAAUAUGGCGAGAACCACAGCAAAUCUGCCGACAUGAAUGUUCACGUAGAGCUUGUACACAACUUCGGACAUUUUCCAGUGUCUUCUUCAGUGGCUAGCCUACCCGCAGAUUCCGAUCAUCACGACCGUGAAAAAAUCAACACUCAUGACACCUCUGAGCUUGUUUCAGAGUCAGUUUGUCAACAUCAAUCUGACUUUCCCGAACCAGAAGAUACACCCUGCGAAGAAACCGAAAGGUCACUGGAUCGCCAGCCCGAUAGGCUUGAUCGCGAACAUUCACAUCCUGGAGAAAAGCCAUAUAAAUGUAUGCAUUUCGAUCAAUCUUUUUCUACUCCUUCUUGCCUAAUUCCUCAUGAAUGUACACAUCCAGAAGAGAAAUCGUUCAAGUGUAAAGUGUGUGACAAAAUGUUCACCACGGAACAUCAUCUUACCGGUCAUGCACGACUUCACUCAGUAGGCAAAGCGUUUCCGUGCAAGUACUGCGCAAAGCCAUUCGGUGACAAACACGGCCUACAUGUUCAUGAACGUAUCCAUACCGGGGAGAAGCCGUUCAGGUGUCGUUCCUGUGAUCGAAUGUUUCGCCGUAAUACCCAUCUUAGAGUUCAUGAACGUACCCAUACUGGAGAGAGACCAUAUAAGUGUAAAUCGUGCGAGAAGUCACUCAAGACGAAAUCACAUCUCAGUCGGCAUCAACGCAUCCAUACUGGAGAGAGACCAUACAAGUGUAACUUGUGUGAUAAGUCAUUCAAGACAAAACCAAAUCUCACAGCGCAUCAACGCAUCCAUACUGGUGAGAAACCGUACAACUGUGACGUAUGUGGCAAAGCAUUCCGCGCAAUGUCAACUCUCGCAAAUCAUCAACGAAUCCAUACUGGAAAGAAACCAUUUUCGUGUAAGGAAUGUGGAAAGUCUUUCACUCGGAAAUCCGGCCUAACAGGUCAUGAAAGAAUCCAUCGAUGA